AUGGCGCCCUCCAAGCGCAAGAUCCCUGCCGACGACGACGGCUUUAUCCACACCAUCUCCGACGACGAAGACGUCCCCGAGCUCGACAACAUUGUUGCCGAAGACGAUGACGACGUGAACGGUGCUGGCGCGGGCGGCAGGCCGAAGAAGAAGGCCAAGACUUCCAUCGAUAAAGAGUCUAAGAAGGAUAAGAAGAAGAAGGGCAAGAAGGCCAAGAAUGGUGAGGCUGACGCCGAAGAGGAGGAGGAUGCGGGUAUUUGGGGGAAGAAAGAUGAUGACGAUGGGGCGAUGGACUCGGAGUUCGAGUUUGCGCUGGACCCGGCGACGGAUUUGAUUGGGGAUGGGGAGUGGGAAGGCUGGGGGUUUGAAGGCGCGAAGAAGGCGACGGAGUCGGGGAAGGUGAAUGUGGAUAUUGACGAGAUUAUUCGGAGGAGGAGGGAGAAAAAGGAGAAGCAGCAGAAGAAGCAGAAAGGGGAGGAGGAUAGUGAGGAAAAGGAUGAUGAGGAUGUCGAGAUGGAGGGUGUUGAUUUGGAUGACGAUGAGGAUGAGGUGCUGGCUGAUGACGCGUUUGGUAUGGGCGCACAGUCUGGAGAUGAGGAGGAGGGUCAGGGUGAGGGUGAGGAGAGUGAAAAAGAUGAGGAGGAGGAAGACGAAGAGGAAGACGAGGACGAAGCCGCAUCCGACGACGACGACGACGACGACGACGACGACUCCGUCGCCACUCCGAACCCUCACCCCGAAGACGAAUCAUCCGAAUCUGAAGAAGAGGAAGACGAAGAGGAGCAAGCCAAGGCCAAGGAGUUCUUUGCUGCGCCAGAGGAGACUGAGACCAAGAACGGCCAGGCCUCGACCUUCCAGAGCAUGAACCUCUCCCGACCAAUCCUUAGGGGUCUGACCUCCGUCGGCUUCACGAAGCCGACUCCUAUCCAGGCCCAGACGAUCCCGAUCGCGCUGAUGGGCAAGGACGUGGUCGGCGGCGCCGUCACCGGUUCGGGUAAGACAGCCGCCUUCGUCGUGCCCAUUCUCGAGCGCCUCCUCUACCGCCCAAAGAAGGUCCCGACUACGCGCGUCGUCAUUUUGACCCCUACCCGUGAAUUGGCCAUUCAGUGCCAUGCUGUUGCCACCAAGCUGGCGGCAUACACCGAUAUCAAGUUCUGCCUUGCGGUCGGCGGUCUCAGUCUGAAGGUUCAGGAAGCUGAGUUGCGGUUACGUCCUGACGUGGUGAUCGCCACACCAGGUCGUUUCAUCGACCACAUGCGCAAUUCGGCCAGCUUUGCGGUUGACACGAUCGAGAUCUUGGUUCUUGACGAAGCCGAUCGCAUGCUCGAGGACGGUUUCGCGGAUGAGUUGAACGAGAUUCUCAAGACGCUGCCUAAGUCGAGGCAGACGAUGCUCUUCUCGGCUACUAUGACGUCGUCUGUCGAUAAGCUGAUUCGUGUUGGGCUGAACAAGCCGGCGCGGAUUAUGGUCGACUCGCAGAAGAAGACGGCUGGUACGCUCACGCAGGAGUUUGUGCGCUUGAGGCCGGGGCGCGAGGGCAAGCGCAUGGGGUAUCUGCUGUAUAUCUGCAAGAAUUUGUACACGGAGAGGGUGAUCAUCUUCUUUCGGCAGAAGAAGGUUGCGCACGAGGCGCGUAUCAUCUUUGGGCUUCACGGCCUGUCGUGCGCCGAGUUGCACGGUAGCAUGAACCAGACUCAGCGUAUCGCCAGCGUUGAGGCCUUCCGCGACGGCAAGGUUAACUUCCUGCUCGCCACAGACGUCGCCUCGCGUGGUCUCGACAUCAAAGGCGUCGACACAGUCAUCAACUACGAGGCCCCACAAACCCACGAGAUCUACGUUCACCGUGUCGGUCGCACAGCCCGUGCUGGGCGCAGCGGUACGGCCAUCACGCUCGCCGCCGAGCCCGACCGCAAGGUCGUCAAGGCAGCCGUCAAGGCCGCCAAGCAACACGGAGCGAAGGUCGUGAGCCGCGUGAUUGACGCCGCCGAGGUAGACAAGCUCCAGGCCGAAGUCGACGCCAUGGCCGAGGAGGUACAAGAAAUCCUGCGCGAGGAGAAGGAAGAGAAGCAACUGCAGCAGAUGGAGAUGCAGGUGCGCAAGGGUGAGAACCUGAUCAAGCACGAGGAGGAGAUCAAGAGCCGGCCGAAGAGAACGUGGUUUGAGAGUGAAAAAGACAAGCAGCGGGCGAAGCAGGCCGGGCUGGAUGCGCUGAAUGGGGUGAAGGAGAAGAUGAAAAAGAAGGGGGAGGGGAAGUUAAGUAAUAAGGAUAAAAAGAAGCUGGAUUCGAUGAGGGAGCGAAAGGAGGGGAAGGCGUGGAAGAAGGGUAGGGCAGAGAGAGCGGGGAAGGGAGCUGUGUUAAAUUUGAAGAAGGUUAUAAAGCGGAAGCCGAAGAAUAAGGCGAAGGGGAAGGGGAGGAAAUAA